AUGAACACAGAACAGUCACACCAGGAUGAACACCUGCUCCAAGGCAAAAAAAGGCAAGAUCUCAAAGAAAUGCUAAAAGAAGUGGGUCUUGAUACUGAGUAUUGGCUGGCACAACUUCAGAAUGAACUGGGUGUGGGCUCUGCCCAAGCAUUACAACACCUGGAAGAAAAAGACCUCCUGAAGCUGAAGGCCCAGACACGACAUUGUUGGGAAACAAAGGCCCUGGAAACACUGCUUACUCUGUCUCACUCAAAUAGCCUGUCAACAUUACAGAAGUCUCAGCAGGUACACCACACACUGCAGGAGCAGAAGGACUUGAUGUCAGAAAGGAAACAGAGACAGGAAGAGGCAGUGAAGACAAAAGAAGCAGAGCCUGGGCUAGCAGUGGAGACCCCAAAAGAGCAUGGGCUACCCUAUGCGAAGCCUCUAAGGGAAGUCAAGGAAAAUAUGCAAGGAGAACUCGAUCGCAAGGAGGGAACAGUAUCCCACAGCGAAAAUUUCUCAGAUGGGGAUCUAGUGAGAUGGGCAUCUGGAGGUCUGGCCUUGCAGGGAAUCUACAAAACCAGGCACCAGAGAGAUCUGAUAGAGAAGAGAGAGGAGCUACUCAGUGUCCCCAAAGAUUUCACACUCUUUGGUCCUGAACAUGGCACUCGGAUGGAGACGAAGGAAUUCUCAUCUUCUCAAGCAGAAUCUAUAUUUACUCAGACUAUACAGAAGUUGGGCUUCAGUUUAACAGGCUCAGUAAAGGCAGAAGGGUGGGGAUUCAACAUGGAGGCAGGUAGGAAUCACAGUCAACAAGCCGAAUCACAGGAGCAUCAAAAGUCACAUUCUCAACACUCUUAUUUUUGCACAACUAAGUUCUGUUAUGUCCCACUAGCCUCUUGCCACUUUACUAUCGACAAACUUAAGUUUUCCAAAGCUGCACUACAGGAACUGAAAUGCAUUGAAGACCUUCUAGAGCAAUGUGAAGGCACAGACGCCCUCCCUCUGCUUAGGCACAGGACCGAGGCCUUCUUCCACAGGUUUGGCUCUCAUGCUAACAAGGGCCCUCUUCACCUGGGUGGAAUCUACUGGUGGAAGGCUGUUUCAGAAGGUUUCCAAAGAGAACAACUGGAGGAAGUGAAAAAGCAGUCAGUAGAAGCCCUGGAUUUGUUCAUAAAAGGCAGCUCCAAUAGCUAUGGAGUGAAAAUUACUAACAGUGUGCAUUAUUUACCCUCUGAUUCGAAAGCAUUCUCUGAGAGUUCUAACUUCCAAAAUACCCAAACCAAAGUCCAAUUAUCUGUGGCACAUACUGGUGGCCUACCAGAGACAGGUGGCCUUACCCUGUGGAAAGCUGGGCUCACUGCCAAUAACAAAACCUGGUGUGUCAUUGAUCGGGGAUUUCAGUUGGUGCCCAUUUGGGACAUCAUCUUCUCCAGUCACAGAAGGGAUUUUAAAGAUCCACUUCAGGUGGCCAACUGCCUCAAAGACAGCUACACUGCUCUGACAGGGCUCCCUGCCCAGAUCCAAGAGGGAGAGGAACUGCUCAGUGCCAACCAGGAGGCUAAGCUGUUCCUAGAGGAUGUGAAAUCCUGGGAGGUAUCGGAUCCUGAAGAGCAGCUGAAAAAGCUCACCCAUUUCAUGCAAAUGCUGUGUCAAAAAAUUAAAAGUUAUGACACCUGGAUUAAAAUAUGUCUCACAGAUCGGAGCUUGCAGGAUUUUCUGGUGAACACAGUCAACUUUUGCAAAGAGUCUUCUAUUCCUAACACCAAAUUCAUUAAGUCUCAGCUGCAAACACUUCUGGAUCCUCACAUCUACAAAGCAACCAACUUUCCUCAGGCGCACUCCAUCAUGCAGUGGAUCUUUCAAACAACGUCACAAGAAGAACUAGUCAACAUCUCUCAAUUAUCUGAAGUAAUUAAAUUGUUACGUGAGAAACAGAAUGCCCUACUAGAAAUUAAAGCUCAAUCUAAGUCCCAGGAAACAAUGGAGCAAGCUCGAAGAAAAGCCACUUAUGAAAUUAACUUGUGUCUCAACUCCUUCUUGGAGAACCUGGAGAAAAAACAACAUUCAGAAACACACCUCUUACUACUUUGCAUCUCAGCUAGCGCAGGUUAUAAUUUGGAAAAUCAUACUUUUAAGAGUCUCCUGGGAAGUGAAGAGUUAGAUUACUUGCUGAAUGAAAUGCAAAAGGCCCAUGACACAUACCAGGAGCUGAAAAAUACUUGCAGGUACAGGGCUCAGGCUUUCCUGGUGCUCACGGGGCUGACAGCCACUGUAGGAAUUAGGGCUGUUCCUCCAGAGAAGAAAAUGCAACGCCUAGCUUUAAUGAGACAUCACAUUGGACAAUCCUUUUGUAAAGAAGUUGAACACGUCCUCACCAAACCUGGGGCACAUCAUGAUUGGGAAAACCUCGAAAAAGACUUGCAAUUGCUCAUUGAUGGCAAGUAUGAAGACACUGUACCGUCUUUGCACAUGGAUGAAGUAAAAAGACAAUUAGAAAGUAUCUUCCAUGAAAAGAAAGACAAAGAACUCUACCAUCUGAGAGAAAAGGGGAAUAGGAGCAUUGAACAGCACAAGAGUGAGAUUGAGGCAGAGAAGAAAAGAAUAAGGCAUUGGCAGUUGAGCAAAGCCUUUCCUCUAAAAUAUUUUAUGCGAUCUGUCCUAGAAAUUCUCCAAGAACAAUCUGAAACUCACACUAAGCUUUACUUCCUUCAGUGGUUGAGUGUAUUUUUGAACAAUCUAACCAUGGGGCACUUAGAAAAACUUUGUGAGAAGCAAAAUUAUUUGUGGUCACAUAUGCGAACAGACUCGCAAAAGACAUCAAAGAGUAGCUCACUCAAGGAAUGCCAGAAACAGAUAGAAGCCAUCGCCAGAGAAAUCAAUAACUGCUCCUUGGGAAUUGAGCACAUUCUCAGGGAAGUUGGACAGAUAUACGAAGCACUGGAAGAAGCUUCCUCCACGAGAGAUCCCCUUUUCCUCUCCCUUCCCCAAAUUGCUGCAGAUCUCAUGAUAUCUGGGGCUCCGAUUGAGCUGAUGGACGGGGACGCAUCUUAUGUGGCUCUGAAAUGGGUGGCAGCUGUUUUUGACAGAGUCUCUGAGAAAAUUGGAAACAAAAAGCUGUUUGUUCUCUCUAUCCUUGGCCUGCAGAGCUCGGGGAAGUCCACCUUGCUGAAUGCCCUCUUUGGGUUACAGUUCACUGUCAGUAUUCAGAAUGGAAAAAUUGAGACUCUCACCCCCAGUGAAGUUGAGGUUCCAGUGGGAGAGAAAUAUGAAAGCAUCAAGCAAGACCUUGAAAAAUAUUUCAGUGAAGAUCCAGAUAGUGAAGUAUUAAUUCAGUGGAAAGCAAAUUUUGAAAAUAAGUUGAUAAUUCUUAAAAAGACACUCAUUUCAGAAAGUAAGAGAAAAAGUAAUGAGCUUCUAUGUUUGAAGAAAAGUCAAGAAAAUCUGGAUGAAAAGAAGUCAAGUUAUGAAAAGGAAUUAUUGGAAAAAAGUCGAAAUUUGGCUUUAACUGUAAAGGGCAAAGAGCUGACAGAGGAAGAGCUACGCAAGAAGUUCAAUCAACUUUGGAACAAAUGGGUCUGUCAUGUGGCCUCAAUUCUCCCUCCAUCCACAGAACCUGACAUUGAGAUAGACUCUGAAAACAUUCUUUUGGAAUACUUCAACAAGGAGAAAAAUAUGGUGGAUAAAAUAAAGAGUCAUUCUGGAGAAAAAUUUCAAAUCAACUACGAUCAACAUAUCCAAAUGUCCAAGAAAUAUGGACUCUUCAAACAGACAUUAGAGCCUCAUGAUAUAGAGUCCAUAAAUAUGACAACUGACCACAUUCACUCAAGAUUUACUGGAAUUGUUGACAACAUCGAAAAACAAAAAUGUGAUUACAAUCACAAUGAUUUUCAUAAAAUCUUAAAAAUGAUAGAUGCAGAGAUGAAAGCUCUACCCACCCAGGACAGAUACAAAUUCACAGUUCAAUACAAAAUUGACUUAUCUUUGUGUUUGUUCAAAAAAGCAUCACAAAUAUUUAAGGAGCUUCACUGCACAUUCAAGAGAGCAAAUGAUCCUGUAAACUAUCUAGAGAGCAAGAAAGAAGAUUUCUUCAUGAGUUUUAAGAUCUCUUGCCAAGGAGCAACCUCCAUCAAAACUUUUGUUGAUUUUCUGUGGCACAAGAUCUCACCUGCUGUCUCCACCACCAUUAAGAACAAUAUGGCUCCUAAAAUUGCUGGAGAUAUGAGAGAAAACUAUCCUGCAUUCAAGGGAAACAGAUCUAACCUGGAGAAACACAUUCUGAUCUCUCUGGCUGAAGAGGAAAACUUUGAUAAGUACUGGCAAUACCUUCACCAUCCACCGUCAUUUUUUAGGGACUACAUUAAACAGCAUAUUAGCAGAUACUGUUCAGACAAAAGUGAAACAAUUAAAACCUUUUUAAAAAUCAGUUUAGAUAACAUAAAAUAUGUUAUCCUCUCAGCCAUUCACCAAUCUUCUAAAAUAGCUCAAGAUAAAAGCAGCACUGCUUCAGAAUGGCUGGAUUUCUUCUGUGAUCAAUUAGGAAAUAAUUUGGGUUUUCCACGAAAAGACCUGGUGAACAUUGAGCACCAGGAGAUAAAAGAUUACGAAUUUCUCAAAGAAGCAAUGAGUGGAACUUUGGGACCCACAAUGAAAAGAAUAGAACAGGAUUUUCUACGUGUGUAUGCAGAAAAUAUCAUUCCUGAAAUUGAAAUAUUGCUCUCUGAACAUCUCUGCGGCUGCUGGAACCAAUGUCCCUGUUGUGGAGCAAUCUGUACAAACACAAUUCCUAUCCAUGAAGGAGACCACAGUGUUCCCUUCCACCGUCCUCGGGCUGUAGAUGGAGGAGGCUGGUAUGAAACAAAUAAUUUUGCUAUCGAUUGCUGUAAUAUUUUGGUAGCAAGUGACUGUUCAAUGGUUUGUAGUGAUGGCAGGAAAAUCCCCUAUAAAAAGUAUCGAAAGGCAGGAGGAGAGUAUGCCAAGUGGAACAUCCCUCCAGAUUCAUCCACACAGCCAUACUGGAAGUGGUUCAUCUGUCACUUCAGAUCAAAACUCGAGGAAAAAUACCAGAAAAAAUUCCUAGAUAAAGGGAAGAUCCCUGACGCAUGGUACAAAAUUGAAAAGCAGGAUGUGCUUGAUGAUUUGAAUAAAAAUAAUAUCCAGUAA